GUUAUAACCCAUAUAAUCUCUAAUUAUAACAUGUAUCAUGAUGAUAAUAUGCAACGCAAGAACACAAUAAUUUCUUGCAAUAAUCUCUUACUUGGGUCGAACUUAGUUGAAAGGUUUGGGCCAUUUUAACCCAACAAACAUGUAGCCCAUUUUAAUGAGGAUUUGUUGGGCCUCUUUGUUAUGAUAAUACCACGUGUAACUCAUACAAUUAGUAAACUUGGUGCACGUCACAAAAAAGCGGCGUGACGUUGGAGCAGAGCCACGAUGACGCCGUACGAAAUAGUAGUCUGUCGUCGUCUUGGCUUGGCUAUGUGAAUCUAUGCUUCACUCAAAUUAGGAGGAAACUUCACCGUGGUAGCGGUGUCACCACGCGCCGCUGCUCUAAGGAGUAGUCCUCGAUUUGUCGCUUAUCGACCUGAGACUCCGCUCAGAGCUCCGAUCAGUGCGUCGGCGUCUCAGUCUCGCAGACGAUGAUGAUGUUGAUCUUCUUUUCUGAAUUCUCACGAGGAGGAGGCCAAGCGGGCCAAAUCAUCGUCGUCUCCUAGUAAUUUAUUAUAUUUAUUUUAUUAUUAUUUCUUUUUAUUAUUCUGUUCAAUUUAAUUGAUUAUUAUUUAUCUUUUUUUUAACCCUUUUUUAUUUGCAUAAACAAGUUAUGUUUGUUAUGCAAAUUUUAAUCAUUCUGUUCGUCUAGGCCCUUCAAUUUUCAUUUCCAGAUCCAGAGUGAAAAAAUAAAAAAAAAAAAAUAAAAGAAGACUGUUUUUAAGUGCUUACAAUUUAAAGUUUUAAUCAAGAAAGUGUUUUUUUUUUUUUUUUUUUUGGCUUGAAGUUUUAGUCAAGAAAGUUAAUAUACAGUUUGUUCCCCCAAAAUUUACAUAAACAUAAUUUUUUUUCAUUUUUUGGGCUGUGAAACGAGUCUAGUUCGAAGCCCAAAUUCACGCCCAUGAAGAUAAUCUAGAUACAAAUCCAUUUCGAGGCCCAAUCAACCCAAGACCACAACCCACUACAAUAACCAUCUUAUAAAAACAAUGAAAUUUCCUUAUUUAUUUGUUUAUAUAGUUAUAUGUAAUAUAUAUUUAGGAGGGGAAGCUGUAACGGCUGAGAAAAAAGACCUAAAUUGUUUUAUAGUAUAUAUAUAUAUAUAUAUAUAGAUAAUUGUCUUUCUAGUUCCAAUCUCUCAACACGCUUUGCACUGCCUUCGUCCAUACCCCAACACCAGAAUACUGGAAGACUAGUAUUGUCUGGAAGGUCGGAGCUCGAAUGUUAGGUACAAGGUAAGACAAAAUUUUAACACAGUCCUACCACUGCAGUAUAAAAAUAUAUUGGUUUGCAGUAUAAAAAUAUAUUGGUUAAUUAUCCUUAUAUUUACUACUUAUUAUUUAUGUAUUUAUAUUUUUUUUGGGUCAAUUUUCUGGUAUAUCGACACAUUAUGGAUAGAAUGUCAGAUACAAUGCAGAAGAAGCACAAGAAAAGAAAGGGUGAUCGUGGAAAGUACGCUAAUUUAGAUGACAUUCCAGAUGAUAUCAUAGUUGGUAUACUGUCUCUGUUGCCGUUAAAGGAAGCAGUAGCUACCAGUGUCCUCUCAAGCCGAUGGCGGUAUCUGUGGAGGUUUACAAGAAUGUCUCUGGAUUUCGAUGUUGAUCAUGUAACUCCGAAGUAUGGCACCCUCACUUGUCCUAGUCAUGUAACCAAAUAUUUGAAUAAGAAUAGGAAAAGCUACAUCAGGUGGGUUAAUGAGGUAGUAGACCAACACUCAGGAGCCAUCGAAUCAUUGAGGGUUUGCUAUUACUUGCGUCGCAGGCAUAAAAAACACAUUGAUAGGUGGAUUAGGUUUGGUUUGAGAUCUAAUGUACUUGAAAGGCUUGAGUUGGAUUUUUCAGAACGUUAUCCAUUUUGUAAUGACAUGAAGAGAUAUCUGUACAAGUUUUUCCCCAAUUUUUUUUGUGUGAAAUAUGUUGGAUUCAGGACCAUGAAAGUGCUUUCUCUGAGGCACGUCAGUAUACGUGGAGAAGAGAUUGAAUACUUGUUGUCAAAUGCCACCCUUCUUGAGCGAUUAGUCCUCGAAGAGUGCCAAAAUUUGUCACAUUUAAGAGUUUGUGGACAUUCACUUGCAUUGAAGAAUUUGGAGAUCGUUGCUACUGGCCGCAACUUGCGAAGGGUUGAAAUUUGUGAUUUAGUAAAUCUUGUCUCAUUCUACUUCAAAGGGGAUUUUAAGAACUAUGCUCGUAACUUCAUUCUCAGGAAUUUGCCUUUGCUUGUUGAUUUUCAUAUUGGUCCUUCCAAUUUUUCCAGAGACCUCUUUUCUUACUUUUCUUGCUGGCUUCCUCAGAUUCAGUUUCUCAGAAUGACUGAUAUUCCUAAGAGAAGGCUGUCCUCUAAUUAUGACUAUGAGUAUCCUAUAUUACCAAAUAUUGAGCGAGUACAUUAUACAUUAGUUCACUGUGGACUUGAAAACUGCGGUGGACUCCGCAAUUUACGUUUUAUAAUGAAAGCGUUCCCAAAUUUAAAGAGACUUGAACUACAUGUGCCAUCAUAUGAUCACUCUUACAGUGAUAGAAAUCGACAUAAUUGGCCUGCGGAAGUUCCAAAUUGCCCCCAUUAUCAACUCAAAGAAGUGGAAAUAUUUAGCUAUAAUUAUUUCUUAGGUGAUAUGGAGCGUGUCCUCUAUCUCAUAAAGCAUGCUGUUGCAUUAGAGAAAAUCAUUGUCAAUUGCAAGUGCAAUCAACGUCUAAAACGAUUCAAGACCAAGCAACAGUUAUUCGAAGCUGAAGAAAUUUCAAAAUCCCACGCAAUGACUCAACUUCAACCACAAAUUCCUUCUCAUAUUGAAUUUAUACUCCGAUAAUUGACAUUUAUUUAAUAGAUUUAUAUUUAUAAAUAGUUAAUUUCCUCUUCUACUUUA